UCAAUUCAUAACCCAGUCGUUCGAAGGGGAACGGGCGUGAGCUCGCGUUUUCUUCAAUGGCGCGUGGUUUUUGCAAUCUUCAGUUCCUUCGAUUCGACUCGAUCACCGUCCACCUGCUUGACCAACACAGGUCAACCGUAGCAAAUAUUCUCAAUUAUUUUAUAAAACAAGAAAGACCUCUCUUUCCUUAAGUCACUGUACUAAUCAAACUUUUACUAGGAGCCAUAUCUUUUUAUCUUUUGUUCCACGAGAAUCGACCCAAAAAUUAGAAAUGGUGGAGAAUUUGAUUCUCUACCAUUGUUCUUAUCUGAUUCUCAGUCUUUUGUUGAUUUUUUCCUCUUCCACUAGUCGCUGUUAUACUUUCUCUGUAUCCAGUUUUAGAUACCCUGAAACCCGGCUCAAACCAUUUGAUUCGCGUUAUAUCAGAUUUGAUUUGCCACCAUGGUUCUCGUCAUUGUCUAUACAGUUGGAAUCAAACGUAGACCUUGAUAUCAAAAGGAUAGCAAAAGUCCCCUUAAGUGCUCUGCCAUUGAUCUGCUUGAGAGAUGGUAGUCUCCCCCUGCCAGAUGUCUCAGAGACUACUCUAAAUGGUUUAGUGUUAGGUGCUCUCUCUAAUGGAUCUUCCAAGGGAUUACAAAAUCUUGAGAAUGUGGAACAGUGUUUUCCAAUGCAGAAAAAUAUAUCAGUGAAGUUGACAAAUGAGCAGAUACCUUCAGGAGUUUGGUAUCUUGGUCUUUUCAAUGGUGUUGGAGAUACAAGGACGCAAUCAAAGAUGAUUGUUCGGGGUCUGUCACACUCUUUCAUUGUCAACAUUAGUGUAGAAGGAUGUACAACCUCAACAAUAUGGGGCCAGUUCUGCAACCAGACAGUCAACUCUCUAUUUUGUGUUCAGUCUAACAGUUAUAAUCUUACUGGAAACAUUUCUGAUAGUGAGGUGAACAAUAGGACAACUGUAAAUGUGGUUUCUUGCAGAAACUCUUUUAACACUCUUUGCCAUGGAAUUGGUGAAACUAAUGUCUACUCCUUGGAUGUCGUUGGAAUCACAGAACAAUUAACCAUUAUGGCUAUGAAUGUCAGGUUCAAUAUGACACCUUCAAAUAACACAGUAAAUGUUACUGGAACUAGCAUGAUGUGUUUUGCUCGUCAUGGUGCACUGCCUUCGGCAACUUUAUAUGAUUUUUCAGCUGAUAUACAUCAAGACCCAUUGACUAUUCCGUCACCUAAGGUUGGUCGCUGGUAUAUUACUGUUAUACCUGUUAAUCUUUCAAAAGAAAUUGGAGAUAUUCAUGAUAUUUAUGCACAAGUUUGCUAUUCUUUGGAAUGGCAAGUACUUGAAUGUCCCAUGGGGAAGGCCGGACCGAAUUGUACAUGGGAAAGAUAUAAUCUUCAGACAGGAAUCAGGAGGUCAUACCUGUUUGAAUCCAGUUAUAGACCUGUCAGUGGAAAAGUCCCCACAGAUUCUGCUGAUUUUCCUCUUGAACCUCUUUUAAGCAACUCUUCUUAUGGAGAAUCAGAUGAUAUUUGGACUUAUUUUCUCAUGGAUGUUCCUGUGGGGGCAGCUGGAGGAAAUGUCCACAUCCAACUGGAAUCAGAUACAGAGAUAACAUAUGAAAUAUAUGCUAAAUUUGGAGGAUUACCAUCUCUUCAGAGCUGGGACUAUUACUAUGCAAACAGAACAAAGAGCAGUACUGGUUCUACGUUCUUCAAGUUGUAUAAUUCAAGUGAAGUAAAGGUUGAUUUUUAUAUCUUAUAUGCUAGAGAAGGAACUUGGGGUUUUGGAAUAAGAAAUGUCAAUAAGUCUAUUAGUGAGACUAUCAUGUCUAUUUCCCUUGAAAGAUGCCCUAGAAGAUGCUCAGAUCAUGGGCACUGCAGAUAUGCUUUUGAUGCAAGUGGAUUGACAUCAUACAGCUACUGCUCGUGUGAUCGUGACCAUGGAGGCUUUGACUGCAGUGUUGAAAUUGUGUCUCGUCAACGGCACAUAUGGCAAUCGAUUUCUCUCAUUGCAUCAAAUGCUGCUGCUCUACUUCCUGCCUAUCUUGCUCUUCGACGGAAGGCAUUUGCAGAAUGGGUACUCUUCACAUCUAGUGGUAUUUCAAGUGGAUUAUAUCAUGCAUGUGAUGUUGGCACCUGGUGUGCAUUAUCCUAUAAUGUCUUACAGUUUAUGGACUUCUGGCUCUCUUUCAUGGCUGUGGUGAGCACUUUUGUGUAUCUAACCACUUUUGAUGAAGCUUUUAAAAGGACAAUUCACACAGCAGUAGCUAUCCUUACGGCACUUGUGGCUAUUACAAAGGCAACGAGGUCUUCCAAUAUUAUUCUUGUGCUAUCGAUUGGGACACUUGUUCUUCUUCUUGGAUGGGUGGUGGAGCUCUCUACUAAGUUUAGGUCGUUUUCCUUUUCAAUUGAAUUUUUUAGGAGCUUGCUGGGCAGUAGGCAGCAAACUGUUACACAAAGGCUUCGUGAUUUGAUCAAGACAUUAUUGCGACAGUUCCAAUGGGCAUUUGUACUAGCAGGUUUUGCAGCACUAGCAAUGGCAGCAAUAAGUUGGAAUUUAGAAAGCAGUGAAAAUUACUGGAUUUGGCAUAGCGUUUGGCAUGUCACCAUAUACACAUCUUCCUUCUUCUUCCUUUGUUCAAAAGUCGAUAACGUAAACAGUGAGAAUCAAACGCCAGUAGAGGGAAGCUAUGAGUUAACCCGCCAGGAUUCAAUCCCAAGAGAUGAUGGGACGGAAUGAAGAGGCAGAAAGUUUCGCAGAUUUAGCUCCUAGAAAAACCAAAAAAAAGUGAUUUCUUUAGGCAUGCAGGGAAAAAAAUCAUUUAGCUGCAUAGACCAGUAAAAUUGUUUGAUCUGAAGAAGAGACAGUUUAAAACACCUCAACAGAAGCAAUUUGUUGUGGGUUCUUGAUAAUGUAAGUUUUCUUAAUUUUUUAGGGGGUUGGUGAUCAUUUACAUUCAUAUUUAUACACAUAUAGCUAGGAGAAAGAAGGAAGGCGCUGGCAAGACAUAGAAAAGUUGUUCUUAAGCUUUAGGUGCAGAGGAGAACGUUAAGUGCAAAGAUAAGGUCUUUCAAUUGUAUCUUGUAAAGGGUUUUUGUUGUAAUUAUAACAUCCUUCAUGCAUCAUAAUGGGAAAAACUUGAGAUUUGAUA